UUGGAAACCAAAAGAAAGCAUUUAGAGCAGUACAGGUAGAAUCGCAUUUACACUGAAACAGAAAGCCUGGAAAGACAACUUAUUUCUGAGUGAAACAGCCUAAAGGUUUAUUGUCAAAUUGGGCAACAGCUGGAAGAACUAGAUGCAAAGAACAUAUUAUCUAAUAUUCUUGAUCUGAACAAUAUCUGGCAACAAAACAGAUACUUAACGCUACACAGAGUCUGUGAUAAUGGUAUCAGUAGGCUUGCAGAUGGUGGGAUAUUUCUUGGCAUUCCUGGGUUUAAUUGGAACAAUAGUUGCCACUCUCCUACCAAACUGGAAGGUACUUUCAUAUGUAGGUACCAGCAUUGUGACAGCAGUAGGUCUUUCCAAAGGGCUGUGGAUGGAGUGUGCUACCCAAAGCACCGGCAUGACUCAAUGUGACAUCUAUAACUCUAUGCUUGGGCUGCCAGCUGAUACCCAGGCUGCCCAAGCACUCAUGGUCACAUCCUGUGUACUCUCUGUUCUUGCCAGUCUUUUGUCUAUCUUUGGUAUGCGGUGUACCAUUUUUUCUCAAGGCUCCCCAGGAAAGGACAAGAUAGCAAUAACAGGAGGCGCUAUUUUUGUCACUGCCGGAGUCCUUAGCAUUAUUCCAAUCUGUUGGAAUCUACACUCAAUCCUACAGGAAUUUUAUAAUCCACUGCUUUCCAAUACACUGAAAUUUGAGAUGGGACCAGCCAUUUACCUUGGAAUUUUGGCUUCCAUACUGUCUGUGGUGGGUGGUGGCAUUCUCUGUGGAUCAUGCCCAUCUAAUAAUCAAGAACAAGAUUUCUACAGCAGGUACAAGGGCAGAGUGCUAGCAUCAGACAAAGGACCAGCUGCCGAUGGCCUUGCACAGAACUCAGAACACAAAAAGAGGGGAACCAGCGGCUACAGCUUGACAGGAUAUGUAUAAGCACCGAAAAUAAAUAAAAUUAACAAUAUUCUUCUAACACUGAGGAGAAUUGAUGCUGCUCAUAUACUGUGCAUCCAGCAAACUUUUGUAACUCAAGCCAAAAGAUGCUACACAGAAACCACAAAAAUAAUAGUGGCAUCAAAAAUGCAUUAUACACAAAACAAGGUGAACAUGUAUCCUGGUCAGCUCAAAUAAUGCUGUGUCUGCUGCAGAUUACUAGGGCAGAAUCAGAUAAUACAAGGUCUGUAUCAUGUUUGUGGAUUUUCAAGACCGGCUCCAGAAAUACUGGGUGUUUGUCCAAUGAGGGUAACUUGAUGCAGAUUAUCAGGACAGGCUCAAACAGUGCUGGGUUUGUAGAUUAAAGCUCAUUGGACUGUACUGUUUGUGUUAUUGCACUGUGUUCAGAGAUGUAAAUAUUGGGAAAUUUGGUUUAGUAAAAAUGCAAAUCAUUCUCAUAUAAUUUACUUGAUUAAUUCUUAUUCAAUUUCAGAAAAUGCUCAAUACACACAUCCCUUUUCAUUGUAGAGAUAUGGCUACAGAAUCAUUACUACUGUAGUGCUACUCAUCAUCGUACAAUGCAGCACUUUAUUCAUGUAUAGAUGCUAAAGAUCAUUGUACAGCAUUGUGUGUUCAUUAUCAAUAUAUACAUUCUUACUGUGUUUAUAUAGUGCUGUGUUUUCAUUAUCAGGUGCUUAUAAUCAAGGCUGAAAGUUUCCACUGGCCCACUAAUUAACUUUGGAUAAAAAAAAAGACAUUGUGGUGUAGGUGUAAGAAAAUGUUGCCACCCGGGCAUUAUGAAGUAGCCGAGUGGGGACAAUGUAAUAUUUUUUAAUAUAUAAUUUUCAACUCUCUAAGCACAAAUUAAUUGCAUCAUUUAAAAAAAAAUGUGUGCUAUAAAAUUGAACAUUUUUAAUAUUAGCUAAUUUUAGCUUUAAGGACAAUAGAUUUGCAUAAUAAACAAAUGCAUGCUAAAAGGACAAUGCCAAAUCACUUAGUCUGAACUUCAAAUAAGUCGUAGAUUUUUUACUAACAAAUUUAAAAUGUAUGUCUAUUUUCACUCCUCCUGUACCAUGUGAUAGCCAUCAGUCAAUCAUAAAUGCAUAUACGUAUAUUCUGUGAAUUCUUGCACAUGCUCAGUAAGAGCUGGUAAUUAAAAAAGUGUAAAUAUAAAAAGAGUUGUUUAAAAUUGCAUGCUCUAUCUGUAUCGUAAAAGUUUAAUUUUGACAUAAGUGUCCCUUUAAUAUUGGCUAAAACUUUAGCCAGUUGGUCAGUAAAAUCAGCCAGGUGGUGCACCCACGAAAAAGGUCCUGGGGAGAACACUAACACAGAUUAGCUUUAUUCAGGGUGGUGUAUGUGAUUUGUGAUUUAUAUAUAUAUAUAUACUCAUUAUAAUUAUAUGUAUGCAUUAUCAGGUAUAUAUGUAUACAACACAUCUUUAGAAAGUGCUCUGGUAACAGCUUUACAUACGCAGCCGCAUCCUAUACUAUACAGAAUGAAUUGUUUAUUAACAAUGAACUAGAAUACAGUCAGAAGGGGAAAAGUAACAAGUCUGCUCAAUGUUAUAAACCAGGAAAAGCCAUUAUUUGCUCUUUAAUGCAAUGAAUAAUAAAAACAGUUUAUAGAACUUAAACUGAGGAUGAAGUUAUUAAAAAAAAACUGCAACACUAGUGCAAGGGGUCAUGAUUUAAGGGUAGGAGGGUUAGGAGUACUUUUCCUAAAAACUUCUUAACAGAAAGUUGAGUUUAUUCUUGAAAAAGUCUUCCAGUAUAAGUAAUUGGGACAAACACUGUAAUGUAAUUUAAAAGUACGGGUUAUACUAAGGAUUAAUAAAGUCUACAUUGCCAA